AUGUCCGACUUCAACCCUUCCGCUGGCGCGGACUGCUCUGAGUUUGAAGUCGACAAGUCCUACUGUGUUGAGUACGGAGAGCUCACGGCGACUGCGGCUUCCGGCACCACACCAACCGCACUGCUCUCCUACCACCGGAGGUGCUCCAGGACCCAGCCGGGUCAGAUUGCUAAUUGCAACCACUGGGACUUAGUGAACAUUGGGGAUACUUGUGAUGUCUUCACUGCAAAAUACCGUGGCCUGACGCUGGCAAAGCUGCUCGAGUGA